AUGGUCCUGACUGUAGAAUCCUCGGAUCCAGAUCGAAAGACGAAAGCCGAGGAGGUUCGGAAACAAGAUUCAUCCCUCGGGCCUCCAAUGGCAACCAUUCAGGACGACGACGAGCUUUUGCUGGCUCGGAUAGGCUAUAAACAAGAGUUGCGCCGUGAGUUCUCGAAAUGGUCGACAGUAUCGUAUGCCAUCUCCAUUCUGGGGGUACUCGGAUCCGUGCCAGCAACCUUUGGCUCGCCACUGCAGGCUGGAGGCCCAGCCACGGCGGUUUGGUGUUGGUUAAUCGGCUCCUGCAUGGCGAUGGUCAUCGGCAGCUCCGUAGCAGAGCUAGUUUCGGCGUAUCCAACGGCAGGCGGAAUGUACUUCGUGACGAAGCACGUGGUACCAGCCGACCAGGUCCCAAUAUUCUCAUGGAUUCAAGGCUGGUGCAACCUUCUGGGCCAGACGGCUGGUGUCUCAAGUGUCGCAUACACCGUUAGCCAGAUGCUGUUGGCUGGUGUCAGCAUGAACUCGAAUUUGGUUGACGGCGAGUACUCGUAUUCACCAACUGCAUUGCAAACAGUGCUUGUUUCUAUUGGUGUUCUCUGCAUUCUGGGCGUCAUUUGUUCGUUGACGACCAAAACGCUCCAUCGGAUCAUUCUUUGGUUCGCGCCGAUCAACAUUGCGGCCACAAUUGCGAUCUGCAUCGCUCUUAUAUAUUUGACCCCGGAGAAGCAGCCAGCCUCGUGGGUCUUCACUCACUUCACUGAUGGGUCUGGGUGGGGCUCCAAGGUGUUUUCUUUCUUUUUGGGUUUCCUAUCGGUGGCAUGGACUAUGACCGACUAUGACGGAACCACUCAUAUGUCAGAAGAAACCCACGACGCUGCCAUCAGAGGACCAGUUGCAAUCAGGAUCGCUGUUCUGGUCAGUGGCGCAUUUGGCUGGCUAUUGACGGUCUGCAUGUGCUUCUGCUUAACAGACUUCGAUGGUAUCUUGAACACCCCAACAGGAUUGCCAGCAGCGCAAGUAUUCCUGAAUGCUGGAGGAAAAGCAGGCGGAACAACAAUGUGGUCAUUUGCAAUUCUGGUACAGUUUUUCACCGGUUGCUCCGCCAUGCUGGCCGAUACAAGAAUGGCAUUUGCAUUCGCACGAGACGAUGCGCUUCCAUUUUCAGCCUUCUUAUCCAAGGUCAAUUCCCGAACCCACACCCCUGUCAACGCGGUCUGGUUCGUGGUUUUUUUUAGUAUCUGCCUGAACUGCAUUGCUAUUGGCUCUACCGAAACGGCUACCGCCAUCUUCAGCGUCACGGCCCCUGCCUUGGAUCUCUCAUACAUUGCCGUGAUUCUAGCACACCAGAUCUAUAGAUCCAGGGUCAAGUUCAUCGAAGGCCCUUUCACCCUUGGUAGAUGGGGACCCUUGAUCAAUUGGGUUGCCAUUAUUUGGGUUCUGUUCAUCAGUACCAUUCUGUUUUUCCCUACCCAAAUUCCAGUGACGCCGGCGAACAUGAAUUACGCCAUUGUCGUCGUUGCGUUCAUUGGGCUGUUUUCUAUAUUCUGGUGGUUCUCUUCAGCCCGAGGGAAAUAUACCGGCCCGCAGACCAACGAUAUUAUUCAAGACAUCCCUACCGAAGAUAAUGAAUUCGGAAGCGAGCCCGAGGGCAGCGUCUGA